GGGCUGUGGCUGGUUGAGAAUUAGCUCCCAUUGUAGUUUCUCAUUGCUGAAUCCUUUGUUUGUGCAACCAUGUUCAGAAAUCCUUGGAUCUCCAGCUAUUUGGGAAAUGUUAAAUACUCUGAGGAGCAAGAUUUUGAAAAAGAGAAUUCAAUCAGAUUUAAAACCUCAAAACUACUCCAAAGAAGGAGAGCAUUAAGUUUUCAGAAAGAAUUUUCAUUUGAGGAUAAAGAAGAACUUGCUAAUAGCACAAAGGACAUUGAUGCUAAUCUUUUAGCAGUGCUUCCAAAAGUUUCAGAAUUAAGAAAACUCUUUGAACCAAGCAAGCAAAAUAUUUUGGAAAUGAAAAGGAAAGAGAGGAUCGCCAGACGUUUAGAAGGAAUUGAAAAUGAUACACAGCCCAUUCUCCUACAAAAUUGUCCUGGAUUAGUUACGCACCGUUUACUAGAAGAAGAUACACCAAGAUAUAUGCGUGCAACAGACCCAUAUAGUCCCCACUUUGGAAGAUCAAAUGAAGAGGAGGAAAUUUCAGAUUCUUCUAUAGAAAAACAACCUAGGUCAUCCAGGUAUCGAGCAGAACCUACAGGAGCACAUUCAGAGCCUACAUAUAGCACAGGAGCCAUGGAUACCCAGGGACUUGAGACGAAAGCAGAAAGAAUAGCUAGGUACAAGGCAGAGAGGAGACGCCAGCUAGCAGAAAAAUAUGGAUUGCCUUUAGAAUCUGAGGGAGAUUCUGAAUAUUUAUCCAGGUAUACCAGGGCAAGAAAAGAUCCUGACACUGGUGAAAAAAAAGAAGUAAAAAGCAACAAGCAGGAGGAUGAAAGCAAGGAUUAUAGUUCCCUGUACUCCUCCAGGUCUGAGAAUAAGGAGUCAUGGAGUGGUGCUUCUGAAUCAAAGGAAUACUCCUUCCAUGAAAAAGACAGCAUUCCAGAUAGAGAGGAGCUUUCAAACUUGGAGAAUAAAAGAGCACAGGAUGUUUGUGCUCCUGGACAGGCUCAGAACUUGUCAUCAGAAGUGGAUGGUUCUGCAUCCUUUUCAUAUUCUGAGCAAGAAUCCUCCUUUAAGGAAGUGCCAGUGUCACCAAAGCAAACUUGCAGGGUAUCCCUUUCCUCACCAAAGCAGCCAGUUUCACCAAGUCAUUCACACAAUGACCAGCUCUUGUACAGUGACACUAGACAAGGUACAGGGAAAGCAAAACCUGAAUGGUUUCUUCAGAAAGAUUCAGAAGGGGACACACCUUCACUUAUCAGCUGGCCCUCCAGAGUAAAAGUUAGAGAGAAACUGGUGAAAGAGGAAAGUGCUCAUGGAAGCCCUGAACUUGUCACAGACCCUGUAUCUCAGAAAAAAUCUCAUCCAGUGCCAGUUGAUUACAUGCCUCUUCAGUCAGAAACUUCUUCCUUUCAUAGGGUUGCUAACCAGACACUCAGUUCAGUCCGCCAACCGAUACAUGGAUAUAUUCAGCCUGCUGGUGUUGCUCAAACUGCCAAACUGAUGGCAACAGAAGACCCAGAAAAUAUCUCAAUUAGUAGCCUCUUAUUACCAGACAAUGCCAGAGUCAUGACAAAAUCCCCACCAGCUACUGCAUUGGAAAAGGGAAAAUGUAACAUACUUCAGAAUUAUGGCUCAAAGCCUGACGAAUGUCCUUUGGGGACAGAACAGUUUUUGAAAAACAGAAAACCAAUUUUGCCAUCUGAGGUUCUCAGGCAAGGGAAGAGCAAUGAAGACUAUUUUAGAGCAAGUGAAUUUGACAAGGCUACUGUUCCCUCAUCUCUUAUAAGCAAGCUAAAGGCUAACCCAUCAGAGCUUCAGAAAGAGCUAGAGUGCACUAAGCACCUGGUGCCUGAACCCCAUUUUAAGACUCAUGAGAACACUGAAAGGAGUGAGACCGUUAUGUACAUACAAAGUGGAUCCAUAUCACGUUCUGCUAAGGCGAAAGGUCAAGCUCAGGAGAUGUCUACAAUGAAGCAUAAACUCCUGACUCGCUCAAUGUCUGAUUAUACUGGUUCUCCUAAGCCAGAGGCUUUAAACAGUAAGGAAACUGUUACGAAAAAGGAGAUGGUGUUCCAGAGUGCUGAAGCAAAUGUGCCCAAUGGUGAGAUUGGCAUGGUUGACACAAAAGUCUCUGUUGCUCAACUCCGUAAUGCCUUUCUGGAAACUAUCAAUGCCCACAAGAAAACUGAACUUGAAUCUCGAUUUGAGAUGUCAACAUCAGGUACUGAUUUGUCUGCCAAUACUGAACCUGAAAGAGUGUCACGAAGGCCAAGGCGCUAUUUUUCUCCUGGUGAAAGUAGGAAAACUUCUGAGAGAUUUAGAACUCAACCAAUCACUUCAGCAGAACGAAAGGAAACAGAUAGGUCCACUCUGAGUCCAGAAAUGCCAGCUGCUGAGGAUGAAGAAAAACUGGAUGAACGAGCCAAGCUGAGUGUUGCUGCAAAGAGGCUGCUUUUCAGGGAAAUGGAAAAAUCAUUUGAAGAAAAAAAUAUUCCUAAACCACGUUCAAGAAAUUCAGCAAUAGAGAGAAGAUUGCGGCGUAUGCAGGACAGGUCACGCACCCAACCAGUUACUACCGAAGAGGUGGUCAUUGCGGCUACUGAACCUACCCCUGCUUCACGUACUGUGAAUACCCACACUGUAGUGACAAGAAUACCUAGUCCCACUGUAGUUAAGAGCACUGUACAACCUACCAGUUUACAGGCAUCAGCACACCAAAAGACUUUAGCUAAAGAAGAAAUCAGAGAAGCCAGAGAAGCAGUCGAGCAGGAUCAGUCUGGAGAGCCAGACUCCUCCACCCUGAGCUUAGCAGAAAAGAUGGCCUUAUUUAAUAAAUUGGCUCAACCAGUAUCGAAGACCAUCUCUACACGGAGCAGAGGGGACAUUAGACACAGGAGAAUGAAUGCUCGUUACCAGACACAGCCUGUCACGCUUGGAGAAGUUGAGCAGGUACAAAAUGAAAGUGGAAAAAUUACUCCCUUGUCACCUACUGUUGUAACAUCAGUGUCAACUAUGGUGUCUUUGAUUUCUCCAAUGUAUGCUGGGGAUCUGCGUGCGAAGUCAACUUUUGAUGAAAGUGUAAGUGCUACCAGUAAAUCAGAUUUGAGAUUCAACUCUUCAGUAGAAAAUGCCGACACUCCAGUAAAAGGCAUACUGAAAUCAGAACAUUGGCAGCCUUCAGUGGAAGCAAUGGAAAGCAAACAAACAUUGAGGGAGCAUGAAGAGGGAGAGACAAACAGAUUCGUAGCAUAUGAAGAUAAUGACCUCAAAAAGUACAGCUCUUCUGAAGAAGUAACCACACAUCCUGUUCUUAGUAAAACAGAGGACUACCACAAAGAGACAAAAUACACUUUACCAAGAAAGAGCAGUAUGGAAUUGUUUACCCAACGAGCACUUUUACAGCCUGUGGAACAGAAGGAAUUUGUUUCUGAUACUGUCCUGCAGGGUAAACAGGAAGACAAAGAAGGACAGUUCUUGGAGGAAAAGAUGGAGUUGGAGAGUGUCUUGAAAAGCAAGACCUUGCUGAGAGACCAUGUUGAGCCUACUUCUGAACUUGGUGUGACGGCAACACAGAGAGUAACGGUGGUAUCCUAUGGACAGCAGGAGACUUCUGAACAACUAGAGGGAAAAUUCUAUAUGAAUCCCUGUGAGCUGUUUGCUGCUGGAGACAACAAAACAGAAACAACUGAGGACACGCUGGAUACACCCAGCAAAACACUGUCUAUUAAAGAAAGGCUGGCACUGUUGAAGAAGAGCGGUGAAGAAAGCUGGAAAAGCAGGCUUAACAAAAAGCAGGAGUAUGGAAAAGUGUCUAUCACUGAGCGUAGCACACAACUGCAAGAAGCUGAGCAGUUGUUCAAGAAGAAGAAAAUGGCAGACAGCCAUGAGAGUCAAAUGACUAUUGAAGAAAGAAAACACCUGAUUACUGUUCGGGAAGAAGCCUGGAAGACAAAGGGUAAAGGAGCAGCCAAUGACUCUAGCCAAUUCACUGUAGCUGGCCGAAUGGUAAAAAAAGGCUUGGCAUCACCUACUGCCAUAACUCCAGUGACCUCCCCUUUCUGUAACAGGCUGAAGUCUACCACUCCAGUUUCAAAGCCUCUGGAAGAAAUAGAAGCCAGGCCUGAUAUGCAAUUAGAAUCAGACAUGAAGCUAGACAAGCUGGAAACAUUCUUGGGAAGACUGAAUAACAAAGUUGGUGGGAUGCAAGAAACCAUGCUAACAGUCACAGGAAAAUCGGUGAAAGAGGUGAUGAAGCUGGACGAUGAUGAAACCUUUUCCAAAUUUUACCGUCACAUGGAUUGCCCCACUUACACAGUGCCUUUGGAGCUUGAUGAGGACUUUGAUGCCAUAUUUGAUCCUUAUGCACCAAAGUUAAUUUCUUCUGUAGCAGAGCACAAACGUGCCGUGAGACCUACACGCAGAGCUCAAGCUUCAAGGAACCCCCUGAAAUUGCUGGCAGCAAGAGAGGACAUUCUUCAUGAAUACACUGAACAAAGAUUAAAUAUUGCCUUCAUGGAAUCAAAGCGAAUGAAAGUAGAAAAAAUGUCUGCAAACUCAAAUUUCUCAGAAGUAGCACUUGCUGGCUUAGCAAGCAAAGAAAACUUCAGCAGCGUCAGUCUACGAAGUGUCAAUCUAACUGAACAAAACUCCAACAACAGUGCUGUGCCAUACAAGAAACUGAUGCUGUUGCAAAUUAAAGGAAGAAGACAUGUUCAGACAAGAUUAGUUGAACCAAGGGCUUCAUCACUGAACAGUGGUGACUGCUUCCUGUUGUUAACUCCACAUUACUGUUUCCUGUGGGUAGGAGAGUUUGCAAAUGUCAUAGAAAAAGCUAAGGCUUCAGAACUUGCAACUUUAAUUCAGACAAAGAGGGAACUCGGCUGUAGAGCUUCUUAUGUACAGACCGUAGAAGAAGGGAUAAAUACCCAUACUCAUGCAGCCAAAGACUUCUGGAAACUCCUCGGUGGCCAGACAAGUUACCAGUCUGCUGGAAACCCCGAGGAAGAUGAAAUGUAUGAAGCUGCAAUAAUAGAAACAAAUUGCAUCUAUCGUUUAGUAGAUGAUAAACUUAUUCCUGAUGAUGACUACUGGGGAAAAAUGCCAAGAUGUACUCUGCUACAAUCCAAAGAGGUUCUGGUUUUUGAUUUCGGCAGCGAAGUAUAUGUGUGGCAUGGGAAAGAAGUCACAUUAGCACAGAGAAAAGUAGCGUUCCAGCUGGCCAAACAUUUGUGGAAUGGAACAUUUGACUAUGCCAAUUGUGACAUAAAUCCUCUAGAUCCUGGAGAGUGCAAUCCCCUUAUACCAAGAAAAGGGCAAGGGCGUCCUGACUGGGCUAUCUUUGGCAGACUCACAGAACAUAAUGAGACGAUAUUGUUCAAAGAAAAAUUUCUUGAUUGGACAGAAUUGAAGAAACACAAUGAGAAGAGCUCUAGUGAAUCUCUUCACCAGAAGGAAGACUCCAGGUCUGACUUUAAACCAUAUGAUGUCAUGCUAAUGGUACCAGUGCCCCAAACUACAGUUGGCACAGUCUUGGAUGGAAUAAAUAUUGGCCGUGGCUAUGGAUUUAUUGAAGGAGAAGAUGGGAGGCAGUUUGAAAUUAUCACUGCCUCUGUGGAUGUGUGGCACAUCCUGGAAUUUGAUUACAGUAGGCUGCCUAAACAAAGCAUAGGACAGUUCCAUGAGGGAGACACGUAUGUGGUUAAAUGGAAGUACAUGGUGAGCACUGCAGUUGGAAGCAGACAAAAGGGAGAGCAGCAAGUAAGGGCUGUUGGAAAAGAGAAGUGUGUGUACUUCUUUUGGCAAGGGAGGCACUCCACAGUGAGCGAGAAGGGGACGUCGGCACUAAUGACUGUGGAGCUUGAUGAAGAGAGAGGAUCACAGGUACAAGUACUUCAAGGAAAAGAACCACCAUGCUUUCUGCAGUGCUUCCAGGGAGGGAUGGUUGUGCAUGCUGGAAGAAGGGAAGAGGAAGAAGAAAAUACACAAAGUGACUGGAGGCUGUACUGUGUGCGAGGAGAAGUUUCCAUUGAAGGAAAUUUACUUGAAGUAGCAUGUCACUGCAGCAGCCUAAGGUCCAGGACGUCGAUGAUUGUUCUCAAUAUAAAUAAAGCCCUUAUCUAUCUGUGGCAUGGCUGCAAAGCACAGUCUCACACAAAGGAUGUAGGAAGAACAGCAGCCAAUAAAAUAAAAGAACAAUGUCCAUUGGAAGCUGGAUUGCACAGCAGCAGCAAGGUGACAAUACAUGAAUGUGAUGAAGGGUCAGAGCCAUUGGGAUUCUGGGAUGCAUUAGGAAGGAGAGAUCGAAAAGCCUAUGACUGCAUGUUGCAAGAUCCUGGAAAGUUUAACUUCACCCCCCGCCUGUUCAUCCUCAGCAGUUCAUCAGGAGACUUCUCAGCCACUGAAUAUAUAUAUCCUGCAAGAGAUCCCACUGUUGUCAAUUCCAUGCCAUUCCUGCAGGAGGAUCUCUACACUGCCCCGCAGCCAGCACUCUUCCUUGUGGACAAUCACCAUGAAGUGUAUCUUUGGCAAGGCUGGUGGCCUGUAGAAAACAAAAUAACUGGAUCAGCUCGAAUCCGAUGGGCUACAGACAGGAAAUGUGCUAUGGAGACAGUACUCCAAUACUGCAAAGGAAAAAAUGUAAAGAAGCCUCCUAAAUCCUACCUAAUUCAUGCUGGUCUUGAACCCCUGACGUUCACCAAUAUGUUCCCUAGCUGGGAACACAGAGAAGACAUAGCUGAGAUCACAGAAAUGGAUGCUGAAGUUUCUAAUCAGAUAAUCCUUGUAGAGGAUGUGUUAGCCAAGCUGUGCAAAACUGUGUAUCCACUAGCAGAUCUUUUAGCUAGGCCUCUGCCUGAGGGAGUUGAUCCACUGAAACUUGAAAUUUAUCUUUCAGAUGAAGACUUUGAGGCCGCCUUAGAGAUGACGAGAGAAGAGUACAAUGCACUGCCCUCUUGGAAGCAAGUUAACGUGAAAAAGGCAAAAGGACUUUUCUAGGUAAUGUUGCUUAGUGAUGGUACCAGAGGGAUCUGUAUCGUCACUUUCUACACCUUGGAAUUAGCAAAAUGAAUUGCUCUGGAUUAGUGUUCAAAAAAGAAAUUAGAGAUCUUUAAUUUUUAGAUACUGCCUGAUCUUGAGUUGUGUAAUAUUGUAAAUGUGCAAGAGAACUCUUUGGAAACUUUGUUUCAACUCCAAGGAUAAUGUGUUUAAACUUUGCUCUCCUGUGCACUUAAACAGUAGUUUUUCAAGCUACUACUGCAACAAUCCUUUGGCUAUAUAUAGUACUUGCCAUGUGUUUUUUUGAAGAUGUUCUCUUUGUAAAGUGUUAUUUUGUUAGUUUGUGGAUUACAAAGAAUUUAUAUUUAUAUAAACACAUAGAACAGGUAUGUAUUUAACAAUGCAAUAUGUAUUCACUUUCAAGACUUUCAUGUAAAAAAAAUACAGAAAGGUAGUUGGAUGGCAGUUGCUUAUACUGAAUUAGCUGUACCACCCAUAUAUAUCUUAUGCAUUCUGAAAAGUUUCUCUUUGCAAUAGGUAAUGAAUUAUUCUCAAUGCUGCUUCAGGUGCUAAACUAAACAAAGCGUUUGUAUUUAUGGCAUGGGUUUCUUUAGAAACUAUGCAAAUCAACCUUUAUAUUUCAAUUUCCAAAAAUGUAUAGUGCCUUGUUUUUGUGUACAGUUUAUAUACAAAAAAGAUUGGUCUGCAUUUUGAAGAUGGUUUAGAAUGGUCUCCUAUAUUACUUUUAUAAUGGUAGAAAUAAAAACAUCUGAGUUUCUAAUAAAUGUUGUAAAGAUCAAACAUCUUUCAUGAUAUAAGAGCUUGAAGUAAAAAUUUCAGAAUAAACUCCUAGUAAUGCUCUGGCUAGUCAUUAUUUACACACAUAUCCUAGGCUAGCAUAUAAAAAUGUUCCAUAAUAUUGUAUUUACAUUUGAAAUGUUUGUAACCUGAGGCAUUUAGAUGAUUUGUACAGUGUUAUGAUUUAAGAGUGGCAGAUAAUACAGAGAAAUGUAAGAUGAUUAUACAAAGAUAAAAUUAGACUGUACAACAGUCUUAACUAGUGCUACCUCUUGAAACAAUUAUAUAACUAUUGAAUUAUUUUCAAUUGCCCCUCUUUUAUACUCGAUGUAAAAUGUUUGGCCAAUUGAAAACCUACCAAGAAUAUGAAUCGUGGUGAGUAAAGCUCUUGAAACAAAAUUAACAUGGUAUUGAAUGUUAACUGUAUUUUCAUUAUCAAAGAAAGUGAUAGAACUGAAAACAUGGCCAUUUGCAUUAGUUUGGGCAAGCAACUGUUUAAUCAGGUUUCAGAUUCUGUCAUUGCUUGAAUCUUUAUUUUCAGGUAGUUGCUAUCUCUGACUUUGAAUUUCUGUAAGGAUUGCUACUGUUACCUUUGCAAUAUCAUUGUACCUUUCAAAUACUACAUCCUGUGACCCCAGAAAGCUUGCCUUGUAGACUGUAGCCACUGGAAAUCUCCUUUCUGCUUAUAAAGGGAAAACACCUUUGUUACCUAUCAGUGCCAAGUGACUUUGUAUUUUUGAUAAUUUGCUGCUCUUGACCUGACUGUGACCACAGGGGAAUAAAGUGGAUCUUGAGUGUA